AACUAGCACUGACCAGUCACCAUGGUGCAGCUGCCCCGCCUGACCAGCGCUCUGCGAGCCUUCUCCGGCGUCUCCAGCGGUAACCAGGCCAACGGGAACAACACGAUAUCACUACAGGAGAAGCGCCAGCUGCAGUCAGCAAGGCUCUCCAAGUCUGAGGUUACCUUGGACGCCCUUACAGCAGAACUGUUGAAAAAAUGUGUCCGAGGACAAGAGCACCAGAUCCAAGCAGACGUGAAGGAGUUAUGCCAUGCAGCCUCAGCCAUUGUUGGUGAUAUCGGGAUGGAGUACAUCCAUGAGGCCGCGGUUGUCCUGUUCCGCACUCUGUCCCCGGUGGACAAAGUUGGCCGGGAAGAAACCACCAGACUCAAGGCCAUCUUCGGACCUUUCCCCGCCAGCGCGGUGAACAAAGCCAUGAAGUCGGUGAAGGCCAUCUGCUCCUGCCUUCCCGACAGUUCCCUCAGCUCGCUGACUUGCUUUUCCAGAAGGCAGGCGCAAGAAAAUAAAGAGUUUGGACAAGGCAUCCAUUUCUCCCACGAAGGUCUGAAGCUUGUGACACUUUCUGAAAGACCUGGAACCGAGCCUAAAUCCGCACAGAGGAACAGGGAAGAUUUCUCCACUGCCAGCGCAAACGUAAACGGAGCAGCGGAGAGUUUAUUUACCGAAGCGUGGCUUUUUGAAAGGUUGCACCAGAUUUUUGGCGAGGGCUCGGAGUUCGGAGCGGGGUUACCUCCGGGAGAGCUAUGCGAUACUUUGAUUGACAUCUUGAGCACAAGCCAAAGCGACUCUGUGUUACAGAACGAGUUGUUUGAACUGCUGGGUUCGGGAUGUUUGGACCUGAUCCAGGACCUUCUGGACCACAGAAGUGAGCUAGUACAGAGUGCUGCAAGUCAGAGACAAAAGGAACUCAGGGGGUCAGUGGAUGUUUCCAGUGUUGCAGGGAAGAAACCUCCCAGUGUUGCACCCACGGUGACAGUUCAGUCAGAAAAAGAGCGCCAGCUACUCAAGCAAUAUCGGAAAGAUGAACGACGCAUGGCCAAAAAAGACGUCACAAAUCAACAGGGAGCGACAUCAAACAGAUUUGACCCUCGUGACCUAAGAGCACAUAGGGAGGUGCUGCUUCAAGAGGCGGCCCACACGCCACUGUUCAGCGAUCCGUACGCAGAGCUGAGGCCGGUCCGCUAUCCCAACGUGUACGACUCUUUCUCCGAAGCUCGCAAGUCGUCCUCUUUCAUCGGAGGAUGCAAAAUGAUCCUACCUGUUGGUUUUGAACGUAAAGUUUGUAACAUGUACGAGGAGGUGUCCAUUCCACCCAGUGAACCCCCACCAACGACCAUCGGCAACUCUCGUGUCAGCAUCAGCCAACUGGAUGAGAUAGCACAGCUGGCCUUCCAGGGUAUGAAGAAGCUGAAUCGUGUGCAGUCUGUCGUGUGUGAAAUGGCGUAUGGAACGAACGAAAACCUGCUGGUCUGUGCUCCGACGGGUGCCGGCAAGACCAACGUGGCCAUGCUGACAGUCCUGCAUGAACUCAUGCAACAUGUCCAACAUGGCGUCCUGCAGAAAAAAGACUUCAAGAUAAUCUACAUCGCUCCGAUGAAAGCGCUGGCAGCGGAGAUGGUGUCGACAUUCGGCUCCCGUCUGCAGGCGCUGGGUGUGGCUGUACGGGAGCUGACCGGGGACAUGCAGCUCACUAAGAGGGAGAUCGUCGAGACACAGAUGAUUGUCACCACGCCCGAGAAGUGGGAUGUCGUGACCAGGAAAAGUACAGGUGAUGUAGCCCUGGCUCAGGCCGUCCGACUGCUGAUUAUUGACGAGGUCCACAUCCUGAAUGACGACCGAGGACACGUCAUCGAGAGUCUCGUGGCAAGGACGCUUCGUCAGGUUGAGACGUCCCAGAGCAUGAUCAGAAUUGUUGGCCUGUCUGCCACCGUGCCUAACUACCUGGACGUAGCACGUUUCCUGAACGUGAACCCGGAGAAGGGGCUGUUUUUCUUUGACAGUCGCUUCCGUCCCGUGCCCCUGCGACAGACGUACAUCGGCAUCAAGUCCACCAGUCGCAUCCAGCAGCUGCAGGACAUGGAGCAGGUGUGCUACGACAAGGUAGAGCAUAUGGUCAGACAGAGCCACCAGGUGCUUGUGUUUGUCCACGCCCGUAACGCCACUGUGAGAACAGCCACAGCUCUGAGAGACAUGGCCACCAGCAGUGGCAAUGGGAGCAUCUUCUGUAGCCAGCAGAGUCCUGAGUAUGGAGCGGCCGAGAAACAGGUAAGCCGCUCGCGUAACAAGCAGCUGCGGGACCUGUUCCCAGACGGUUUCGGGAUCCACCACGCGGGGAUGUUACGGCAGGACCGUAACCUGAUGGAGCGACUGUUCUCCCGCGGUCUGAUCCGUGUGCUGGUCUGUACCGCCACGCUGGCCUGGGGCGUCAACCUGCCCGCACACGCCGUCGUUAUCAAAGGCACACAAAUUUACGACGCCAAGCGGGGUUCGUUUGUAGACCUCAGUAUCCUGGACGUGAUGCAGAUCUUUGGUCGCGCCGGGCGUCCUCAGUACGACACGUUCGGGGAAGGCGUGAUCCUGACCACCCACGACAAGCUGAGCCACUACCUGUCCCUCAUGACCCAGCAGACUCCCAUAGAGAGCCAGUUUAUACAGAACCUCACAGACAACCUGAAUGCUGAGGUGUCGCUGGGUACAGUCACCAAUGUGGAUGAAGCUGUGAGAUGGCUGAGCUACACCUACCUGUAUGUCAGGAUGAAGGCCAACCCACUGGCUUACGGGAUAUCCUACACAAAUGCUCAGAAAGACCCAGAUCUGGAGAGCUUCCGUCGUGAGUUGAUCGUAGCGGCAGGUCGUCAGCUGGACAAGGCCCGUAUGGUGAGGUUUGAGGAGAGGACUGGUUACCUACACCCGACUGACCCUGGACGCACAGCCAGUCACUUCUACAUCAAACAUGACAGUGUGCAGGUGUACAAUGAGUUUCUGAAACCCCUGAUGACAGAGUCAGACAUCUUAGCCAUGGUGGCCAAGUCUCAUGAGUUUGAUCAGAUCAAGGUAAGGGAUGACGAGAUGUCGGAGUUGGAUGAGCUGCUGGACUCCGUCUGUCCGCUGCCCGUGCCCGGCGGCGUGGAGAACAGUUACGGGAAGGUCAACAUCCUGCUACAGACGUACAUCUGUCGCCAUCGGGUGGACAGUUUCUCCCUCAUGUCUGACAUGGCGUAUGUUGUACAGAAUGCAGGACGUAUCCUGCGCGGCCUGUUUGAGAUCACCUUGAGGAAAGGCUGGCCCCUGAUGGCAGGUAAACUCCUGGAGCUGAGUAAGGUGGUGGACCGGCAGCUCUGGCCCUUCGAACACCCCCUGCACCAGUUUACUGUCCUGUCUAAGGAGAUUCUGCACAAGCUGGAGGCACGUAGCCUCAGUGUGCACAGGAUCAAGGACCUAAAGGCUGAUGAGAUCGGGAGAAUGAUCCAUCAUGUGAGGAUGGGUAAGACGGUGAAACAAGCCGUCUACCAGCUGCCCUCUCUGGAACUGGACGCCGCCAUCCAGCCCAUCACCCGUACCGUGCUGCGGGUGCGCCUCACCAUCUCGCCCACCUUCACCUGGAACGACCGCGUGCACGGGACGGUGUCGGAGCCAUGGUGGAUCUGGGUGGAGGACCCUGAGAACCACCACAUCUACCACUCCGAGUACUUCCUCAUACAGAAGAAACAGCAUGAACUGCUGGACCUGCAGCCCCUCCCAGUCACCGCACUGAGGGACCCGUCCCUGGAGAGUCUGUACAACUUCACCCACUUCAACCCCAUCCAGACCCAGAUCUUCCACACCAUGUACCACACCGACACUAACGCCCUGCUGGGGGCACCCACAGGAUCAGGCAAGACCGUCGCCGCAGAGCUCGCCAUCUUCAGAAUCUUCCGAGAGUACCCCAAGACUAAGGCUGUGUAUAUAGCUCCACUGAAGGCCCUGGUCAGAGAGCGCAUACAAGACUGGAAGAUUCGUUUUGAGAAGAAACUAGGGAAAAGGGUAGUUGAGUUGACAGGAGAUGUAACACCUGACAUGAAGGCGAUCUCCCAGUCUGAUGUUAUCGUGACCACGCCGGAGAAGUGGGACGGAGUCAGUCGCAGCUGGCAGACGCGCAGCUACGUCAAAGCUGUCACACUUCUUAUCAUUGACGAGAUUCACCUGCUAGGUGAGGACCGUGGUCCAGUGUUGGAGGUGAUUGUGUCGCGUACAAACUUCAUCUCCUCGCACACGGACAGGUCCGUCAGGGUGGUUGGACUGUCCACCGCGCUCGCCAACGCAAGGGACCUCGCAGACUGGCUCGGGAUAAACCAGCUUGGCAUGUUUAACUUCCGUCCGUCCGUGCGCCCUGUCCCGCUGGAGGUCCACAUCCACGGGUACCCCGGCAAGCACUACUGUCCCCGCAUGGCUACUAUGAACAAACCGACAUUCCAGGCUGUCCGCACCCACUCCCCUCAGAAGCCUGCCCUGGUGUUUGUGUCAUCACGGAGACAGACCAGACUGACUGCUCUGGACCUGAUCGCGUUCCUGGCUGUGGAGGACAACCCCAAACAGUGGCUGCACAUGCCGGAGAAUGAGAUGGAGGCAGUGAUCGGCCAUGUCCAGGACAACAACCUGAAGCUGACCCUGGCGUUUGGCAUCGGCCUGCACCACGCUGGCUUACACGAGAGGGACAGGAAAACUGUGGAGGAACUGUUCGUCCACCAGAAGAUUCAGGUGUUGAUAGCCACCAGCACGCUGGCCUGGGGUGUUAACUUCCCUGCACACCUGGUCGUGGUGAAGGGCACAGAGUACUAUGAUGGGAAGACAUGUCGCUAUGUGGACUUCCCUAUCACUGAUGUACUACAGAUGAUGGGGAGGGCAGGCCGGCCCCAGUAUGAUGACCAAGGCAAGGCUGUCAUCCUGGUACAUGACAUCAAGAAACACUUCUACAAGAAGUUUCUGUAUGAACCCUUCCCCGUGGAGUCCAGCCUGUUGUCUGUCCUUGCUGAGCAUCUGAAUGCAGAGAUCGUAGCUGGAACCAUCACGUCCAAACAAGACGCCAUGGACUACAUCACAUGGACGUACUUCUUCAGGAGGCUCGUUAUGAACCCCAGUUACUAUGAGCUGGAGGAUGCUGACCAUGACAGCAUCAACACGUUCCUGUCAGGGCUGGUGGAGAAGGCCCUGUUAGACCUGGAGUCCUGUUACUGUAUUGCCACUGCAGAGGACAACCGUGGAGUUGAGCCCCAGACCCUGGGGAGGAUUGCCUCCUACUACUACCUGAGUCACUACACUGUCAAGAUGUUCAGGGACAGGAUGACUCCAACAACGACCCUGAAAGAUCUCAUCACUCUUCUCGCUGACACCAAGGAGUAUGCAGAGUUGCCUGUUCGACACAAUGAAGAUGCACUCAACAGUGAGCUAGCGAAGCACCUUCCCAUGGAGGUUGACCCGUACAGCUAUGACAGUUCCCACACCAAGGCCCACCUCCUGCUGCAGGCUCACUUCUCCCGGCAGCAGCUCCCCAGUACUGACUACCUCACAGACACCAAGUCUGUCCUGGACCAGGCACUCAGGAUCCUACAGGCCAUGACUGACGUGACAGCUGAUGAGGGCUGGCUGGUCCCCACCCUGUCCAUCAUGCAGCUCAUACAGAUGUCUGUACAGGGCUGCUGGGCUAAUGACUCCAGCCUGCUCAACCUGCCACAUGUACAGAGACAGCAUCUACAGUGUUUCAGGAGCAGAAAUGGCCGACCCAUCCAGUGUUUACCUGAGCUGAUGGCAGAGUGCAGGAAGGGACCUCACAUCCUCCGUAACAUGCUGCAGGAUUCUCUCAGUCAGCAGCAGAUAGAGCAGGUGUGGAAGGUUGUGCAGCAGCUCCCUCUGGUGGAUGUUGCCAUGAGUGUAGUUGGCUGGUGGGAGGACCACCCAGACCAGCAGCAGACCAGGCCUGUCACCGUCACUGCCAGUCGAAGAAAGACUGACUCAGAGUGGAUGAAGGUCCAUGCUGACCAGCAGUAUGUGCUACAGGUCAACCUGGCAUGUCUCAACAAGGCUGGCAAGAGGAAGGCCCAUGCACCACGGUUCCCUAAGGCUAAAGAUGAGGGUUGGUGGUUGGUGCUGGGAGACAUGGACAAGAGAGAACUGCUGGCCAUGAAGAGACUGGGUCCUGUCAGACAACAGAGGGUUCCUCUGGCCUUCUACACACCCGAGGCAGUCGGCAGGUACCUCUAUGUUCUGUACCUGAUGAGUGACUGUUACGUGGGACUGGACCAGCAAUAUGACCUUGCCCUGGAGGUCAUCCCAGCUGACAUUCAGACUCAGGUGAACUCAGAGGUUGCUGGUGACAGCCUUUUGGAGUGAUCACCCUUUGCAAUGAUAACUGCAAUAUGGACUUUCAUGACAAGCAAGUCACUCAUUACCAAAAAUGUAAAAUGUCUGCUUCAGCCUUAAAUGUCCAUUUGUCAUUAAUGUACAUAUUGUUCAAAGAUAGUACAGAGGAUGUCAAGAUAUAGCAGAGAAAAAAAAUUUACUUUAAGACUGAUUGACACUGGAUUGUAUGUAUUUUGGAAGAUAAAGAAUCUGAUAUAAUAAAGAGUGCCUCUUCUUCGUAACCCAAAGGUUAUGUUAGAAAGACAAUGAAUGGAAACAUGUACACAAAGUAGAGGUACCGUGGUUAACAAAGUUGGUGGAGGGAAAAAUGGUAAAAAUGCAUCCGUCGAAAUGAAUUGCAUUUCUGGCACAACUUACAAACCUUUUCGAUCCCUUGGAUUGGGCCCAAAUUGGCCUGCCAUAUGGUAGUUUCCUUGGAAAAAAUGACUUUAAGACAAAGCAAGGAUCACUCCAUGACAUAACGGCAGGCACAGGAAUAGUUUUCCAUCCCCCAUUGCAGUACAUAUUACGCCUUUGGAUUGAGCAAACAGACUAGUUCAGUUCAAAAUUCCAAACUAUUCAAAUAUGAUAGUGGGCCUAAACAAAGUGCCAAAUUUCCUGAAAAUGUUGAAGUUGGAACCUGUUUAAAGUUACUGUUGGAUGAAAUCAAGAAAUCAAGAAGAUAAAAAUAUGACUAUACUUUGAAAUGAAUUGUCACAUAGGGAAGAUACCAUCACCUGGAAGAAGGUAUGUAAUGGUGUAUUUACACACUCACAGGUGACACUUGCAAAUCUGUUAAAUAUGCCUUUGUGCCAUAUUAAUGUAAGACCUUAAUAUAUAUGAUAUGCAUAAAUGUGUUACAUUUGUCGUCACAAAGAGCUUGCAUAGCAAUAAAUACAUGU